UGUGUCUCUGAGCUGACACAUGAAGCGAGCCGUCUCCGCUCCCUGGGCCCGGCGCACCGUCCGCCAGGGCUGCUUCUACGCCUCGUCCACCAGCACCUCUUCCUCGCCUGAGGCGGCGUCGGAGAAGUGGGACGGGCGGUUCCGCCUCCACAAGCCGCGCGGGCAGCACCUGCUCACCAACCCGCGCGUCCUCGACGCCAUCGCGCGCCGCGCCGCGAUCGGCCCGGGCGACGCCGUCCUCGAGGUCGGCCCCGGCACGGGGAACCUCACCGCGCGCCUCCUCGCCUCCCCCGCGUCGCGCGUCGCCGCCGUCGAGAUCGACCCGCGCAUGGUCGAGGCGGUCACCGCGCGCGCCGCCGCCCUUGGGCUAGCGGACAAGCUCACGGUGAUUGCGGGCGACGCCGUGGAGGUGGACUUCCCGGAGUUCGACGUCUGCGUGGCCAACAUCCCCUACGGCAUUUCCUCGCCGCUGAUCGCCAAGCUGCUGUUCGGCGCCUACCGGUUCCGGACGGCGACGCUGCUGCUGCAGAAGGAAUUCGCGCGCCGGCUCGCGGCCGCGCCGGGCGACGGGGAGUACAACCGUCUGGCGGCCAACGUGCGCCUGGUCGCCGACGUGAGGCUGCUCAUGGACGUGAGCAAGAGGGACUUCGUGCCCAUGCCUCGGGUGGAUUCCUCCCUCGUCGAGAUCCGGCCGAGGGCCGUCGCGCCCGGGGUCGACCUUGGCGAGUGGCUGGCGUUCACGCGCGCGUGCUUCGGGCAGAAGAACAAGACCCUCGGCGCCAUCUUCAAGCAGAAGAGGAUGGUCAUGGAGCUGUUCAGCCGGUCGCAGCGCGCGGAGGAACGCGACGGCCGCGCGGGUGCUGUCAGCCUCAGCGCGCUUGACGACGGCAGUGACGAGGAUUCUUGUGGAGAAGGCGACGAUGACGGCAACAGAGCGGCUGGUUGCAGCGACGAAGAGGUCGCAGCGUUCAAGAUUAGAAUCGCUGGAGCGUUGGACUCUGCCGAGCUCACCGGCAAGAGGCCGUCCAAGCUGUCCAACGACGAGCUGCUGCAGUUGCUCCGGCUGUUCAAUGAGCGCGGGGUGCGGUUCCGGUAGAGCACAACCUGCGUCCCCUCUGGUUCGGUCUCGUGCAGAGGUUCCGGAAGGUGCAUUGGCUGCUUGCCUGGUUCCCAGCAUGGCGGCGUCAUCGUAGUCUCGUAGACGUAGUUCUACUUCUGUGCCGUGUACUACUACAUUGUCUAUCGUUGCCAGCCUUAUCCAUAUGCUUUGGUGUUCAAUGUAUUCCGCUUUCUUGAGGUGAACUUUGGCAGCCUGAAGCCGUGCAUUUUUUUUCUUGGGGGUGAUAUCUUAAACUGAAAGUUGGCCAAUCAGGGAAUCACCCUUCUCCCAACAAGCUGUUGCUGGAGAACAUGUUACAUGUCAGCAGAGCAAAAUUUUCCCAUUACUUAAAGGUCUGGCCAGGCUCCACAGAAAAAUUAAGUUUUAUCCAGCUAUGCAGAAAAAUAGUUUAUGCCGGUCAUGAAGUCAAAACCUAAGGCAUAGUGAGAAUACAGAGAUUGAUAUGUAAUCUAGAACUUCAAACUUAGCCUUUUCUCGCCUCAGUGACGCAAUUAUAGAUUCUUGUCACCGCUGGAACGGCAAAUCCAUCUGGAUUGAACAUCAAGAUGAAGAAAAGAAUGCAAAAUGUUGAACUGUUUUCUGCAGAGAACAUCUUCUUAAACAAAGAUGGGCCUUUUCAGCUCCCCUGAUGCCAUCCUCUCAUAUUCUCUCAACCACUCAUCACAGUACAUAUGUACGGUAUACCUAACAGAUGGGUGGAUUGAUCAUACAGAAUUACAGAUUGAUGCAAGUCAUAACAUAACAAAUUUCAUGUGUACAGCUUCUCCAUUGGAGCUCAACAUGACUUCAAUAUUUGGCAAGGCUUCGGAAAAUCAGACAUGAGAGUCCUUCAUAACAUACUGUUGCAAAACUUUUUCACGACUAAGACGGAAAGCAAAUUUUCAGAUCCUUGCAGUGUUUUCAUAUUGGCUACAUCUUCCACUGAGUCUUGCCCUACAUAUAAUGACACCAGAUUAUGAGUAGCCUCACUAAACUAUGCCGAACACUUCUAGUAUGUAAAGUGAAAACAGAUACUAGGAUAAUUACUGCGAUGGUACCAGGACACAUACGUUUGCAUACUAAAUUGUAAAGCUGAUCUUCCACCAGCCAAACAGAGGGAUUACCACUUGCGAUUCAAUAAUGAAAUUCCAUUGAGCACUGUAAUAGCAGCUGCAAAUCUGGAUACAAAAGGUUGACCAAUGACUGCUAAUAGCUUCAAUUCAGUUCCAAUUUAGCAUUGGAAGCACAAGUGUUUGUCUCUGAGAGCAAAAUUCUUAUCCUUAUCAAGGACCAUAGUCAAAGCUCCACAUUUUCUUGAGUUGACACACACCAAAUUAUACAAUUUUACAGGCUAAGAUGCUAACCACUUGCGAGUAAAACCUAGCCACGGAAAAUAUAGGAGAAAA